AAACAGUUCCCUCACACUAAAGUCUAACCAUUCUGUCUUUGUCGUGGAUCAGAGCAGAUACCCACCUACUUUAACAAGCAGACUUUAGGCCACAGGGUGUUCAAUGAAUGAGAUGUCUUCAUGGAUCAAAACACUGAAUAUGCUGCUUUGUUUGCCUCUUUUAUAUGUGGACGCAGCACACCUCAGGAUCGGUGUUCCAGAAAACUAUGAUGGUAUUUUCCCUUGGUACCUCACUAAGUUGCCUGAUCUUCCCUUAACCUAUGCUGAUCUGAUCGUAAGUGGUGAUGAUGAGGGGAUUUUUGGAGUAGAGUCAGGUUUCCUGUAUGCCCUAAAACCACUGGACCGGGAGAAGAAGCCAUCAUAUACACUGCAAGUGUCCUUCAUGGCAUCUAUGCACCCACAGAGCUUUAGUGUAGAGGUGUGCGUCAUCGACAAGAAUGACAACGUGCCAAUAUUUUUGCAAGAGAGCAUGAGAGGCACCGUUCAGCUCGGCCUGCUAAAAGGAAUCCCGUUCAUGCAAGUAGGGGCUUUAGACCGUGACGACCGAAACACACCACAUGCUGAUCUGCGUUUUCGCCUCCUAGACCAGAUGCCUCGCAUCCCGGCCAGUCACAUGUUCCACAUCGAUGCCACUAGUGGGGAGGUGUCUCUCACAGAGGAUGGUGCCUCUGCUCUGGACCCUGAAAUGUGUGGACGCUAUAAACUUUCGGUGAUGGUCCAGGACAUGGGUGGAAAGGCCAAUGCUUUCUUCUCCACUGGCACUGUGUUGGUCGAGGUGACAGGGAACACAUGGGCUUCACCCGACCCAGUUCGACUGCAGGAGAACCUACCAGGACCGUACCCUAUCCCCAUUUCUCAGGUGAAAUGGAGUGGGAGUUUGGUAGAGUACAGUCUGGAGGGAGAGUUUCCAGAGAUGCUUUUCACCAUUAGUAGAGAAGGAGUCAUCUACCUAAAUGCCCCUCUGGACCGAGAAACCCAAGAUCAGUUCCUGAUCAGCAUAGUAGCAGAGAGGCCAGAUGGCAGGAGGAUUGCAAAACCCGUAGAGCUGAGGGUCAUGGUAGGAGAUGCCAAUGACAACAGACCGACCUUCCCACAGAUGCAGUACCACACUGUUGUCAAGGAACUUGCACAGAAAGGAUCUGAAAUUCUCACAGUCCAGGCAGCUGAUAACGACGACCCCAAAACGGAUAAUGUGCGGAUUUUUUACAGAUUGGCAUCGCAGGUGCCAGAAAGCCCCCGGCCACUUUUCCGUGUGGACCGAGACUCUGGGGUGAUCACAGUGCAGGCUGACAGCAUGGAGGGCACGGCAUCACAAUACACACUGACAAUCAUCGCUGAGGACGCUAAAGGGUUGAACAGCUCCUGCACAGUGAUAGUUAAAGUACUGGAUGAAAACAACAACCCACCUGUCUUCUCUCAACAUGAGUACGGGCCAUUUCACUUGGCAGAGGAUGCCCCAGUGGGUGCCACAGUGACGGCGGUGGCAGCGUGGGAUGCUGAUGAAUGGGGUGGGGACAGCUGGCUGGUCGACUAUCGACUAGAGUCAGGGAACGAGGAUGAGGUCUUUACAUUGGUGACAGACAGACAGACUAACGAGGUCUCUCUUGUCCUUGCUAAGGUGCUGGAUUUUGAGCGGGAGAGUGAAUACAUUCUGGUGCUGAGUGCUCAAAACCCUGUGGCUCUGGUGAGGGGGAGGUAUGGCCCUGCAUCCACCUCCACCGUCUCCAUCUUCAUUGAUGACAUCAAUGAGGGUCCAGUUCUGUCACAGAGUCACUACGAGGUCACUGUCAGAGAGGGCGAGGAACCAGGACGAGUCAUAGCUACAAUAAGGGCUUAUGACCCUGACUCCCAUCCAGUCAGGUACUCACUGAGAGGGGACACAAAGAAAUAUUUCUCCAUUGGGAAGUACUCAGGAGAGCUGAAGACAGUGCAGGCUUUGGACAGAGAGGAGAACAGUACCUACAUCAUGGAGGUGGUGGCUGAGGAUGGACGUAAUUCAUCCCUGUCCGCCUGCACUCUAGUGACGGUGCAUAUUCUGGAUGUGAACGAUAACAGCCCUGUUCUGGUGGGUGAUUACUCCUGGAAGUACCUUUGCACACCACGCUUGGAAGAUCAGGCGCUGGUUCUGGCUUCUAGGGACAGCGACGGGCCUCUGCAUGGUGGCCGCCUCAACUUCUCGCUCAGCAGCGAGCCUACAGUGAGACGAAACUGGAAACUCACCCCCAUCAACGACACUCACACCAACCUGUCUCUGAAUAUGGACUAUCUAACCCCUGAUGUUUAUACGGUGCCCUUCACCAUCUCAGAUAGCAGCUCUCCUCCCAGAAGCACCUUCAUUAAUUUGCCUGUAACUGUGUGCACAUGUAACGUAAGAGGGAAUUGCCGCACUGCAGCGAAGCAACUUGCAGGGAUGCCCACUAUCCAGUCCACACUGGGAGUCCUUCUUGGAACUCUGGGAGUUAUAGGGAUCAUAUUAAUAGUUCUUUUUGUGAGACUGUCGUACCAGAAACCUCCACCGAAUGGGAAAGCCAAUCAGGAAACAAUGCCUCUCCAUGUCUCACUGUAAAUCAUCAGUUAGGUGGAUUUGUUGUUCAGCAUACACCAGUUCCACAAAAGCGCUAAUGUGUUUUACCUGAUGUUAGAUUUUACAGGCCCCGUUUUUACUUAAUCCUAAUCCUCAUCUUGAUGUACCCUUGCACUGUACAUUUCCUAAGCAUUCUGGAUUAAAACCACUUAAAAAUAAAUUAAUCAGCUAAUGGAAAAUGUAUAGUGUAGCAUAACCACAGGUGAAGGACUGUGAAAUAUGUCUAUGGACUAUAGGUUUUCUAAAGGUACUGUGGUCUAGACAGUGCUUUUUAUUAGUUAUAUACAGUAUAACCAUCUGUAGUUAUAGUCUUAAUACAUUUAGGAUUAGCAGGAUUAUCUAUUGUUUACUUAAUAUGAGCCUGUGCGUUAACUUCACUCUUUUAUGAUUGUAUUUAUCUUUUCUUUUUACUUUUAUACUUCAUCUUGAUAAAAAAUGCUUUAUAUUGAAAUCACUAAUCCCACAUUUAACAAAUUAACACCUUUCACUGUGUCAUCUGUUAAAUCUAAUUGAAAUAAAACAGUGAGGAAAAGAGA